UCCGGUCCGCCGCCAUCCAAUUUACUUAUCUAUUCAUUUGUAACUACAAGAAGAUGGCGGGCCUCGUGCGGCUUUUCAGUGGGCUCUCUCUUCACUGUAAAUCAGCGACCUGUCUGACGCAAGCGAAGGCAUCGGGCGUCCUGCUGCGACCACUGGAGCCCAUAAACACCGCUGAAUGCAUUCGGGGCACCAGCUUCUUCGUGAAACUGACGGCGGAACAGCUGUGGAAGGGCGUCACCAGUGUAAGCAACGCAGGGAGGAAGCGGGGGCGAGCGUCUGGCCAUUCUCGGAAGCUGUCUAAGGACCUGAACAGAGGGCAGGUGAUCGGCGUGGGCAAGGUGAACAUGGUCUGGCCGGGCCUGAACGCUCCCGUGGUCCGUGGAAAGGAGGUUGUGGAGAGGGUGCAGCUUCCACCGGACAAGCAGCGCGAGGAGAAGCUGCUGCAGCUGCGAAACGAGAUGCACGGCUUCCGGCCCCUCAAACUGACCCCGCUGGAACGCGGGUGGUGCGGCACCAGGGCGCCCGGCCGCAGCAUAGGACCCCCGGACCCCGUCGGAGAUGAAACCUUCGAGAAGUUUGAUACCAUCGUAGUUGAGAGUAGAAUGGUAUCGAGGAUGACUGGCAACCUGGGACGUACACGCAGGCAUAAGGCAGUUGUGGUGGUCGGCAACAAGAACGGACUAAUCGGCUUUGCGAGCGGAAAAGCUCCGGAAGCAAAGGCGGCACUCAGAAUGGCUAAGAACAGGGCCAUCCAGCGGCUGCGAUACAUCGACAGAUUCGAAGAUCACACGGUAUACCACAACUUCUUCACUCAGUAUGGACCAAUGAAGAUGAUGGUCAGGAAGAAGCCCAGAGGCUAUGGCCUGGUGUGCCACCGCAUCUUCAAGGAAGUGUGCAAGCUGGCUGGCAUCACCGACAUCCACGUGAAGCUGAUGGACUGCAGGGCGGGCUCUGCCACGGUGCUCCUCAGGGCCUUCAUCCUCGGGCUCCACAACCAGAAAACGCACCAGCAGCUUGCGGACGAAAAACGGCUCCACCUGGUGGAGUUCAAGCGCGAGACGGACAACUUCCCCCGCGUGGUGGCUUCGCCGAAGAACGGCUGCCGCACGGCGGAGCAGAUCGGCACAGACGAGGAGCUCGACUUCGACCUGGUGGUGAGCGGGGGCCGGCUGGUCAAGCCCCCUCCCAAGUACGUGCCCUGGUACAUCCGGCACAACACCAAGGGCUGGCAGGUGCACCUGCGCAAGGUGGACCCCUACCGCAACGCCUACAACACCCGGCUACAGCUGAUGGCCCGCUACGGCAAGCUGUGCAGCUUCGUCAACCCGGACGGAGUGAGCCUGUACAACAAGCCGCCCAAGGACAAGGACGCCUCCUAAGCUAUGCGCUCUCAUUCUAGUGCACUUGUUGGUGGAAGUGUUAGGUUUUUGGAACUAAGGAUGGGCUCUGCAUCUGCCGUUAAUAGCUUAUUCGCGCGAGAUCUUUAUUUACGGAGAAAAUCGAGUGUUCGACAAGUCUGCGAGUAGCAACGGCCGCAAGGAGCUGGUGGUGCAGAAAAUUAAAGCAGACAUUUACGCAACAAAAUUGCAUGUACGGCGUCAAAAAAUUCGUAGGGUUUUAUUAACGCAAAAAUAAAGUAUGCGUUGCCAUAUGCUCGUUCUCUGCCUAAAUGUAGUGCUAGCAAUCGAAAUUAGAUGCCAAAGCUUAAAAACUAACUGUUAUCUCAUUAAAAAGUUGCGUUUUUUUUUUAACUUUUAAGGGGAAAAUGGGCCCAAUUCUUGGUAACUGGCGCCAACCAACUUUGUGCAUUCGAAGGUUCAGUUGGCCGCCAUUUGCCCAUUUAAAAUUUCAGAAAAUAACUUCUGAAUAAGAGAACGGUUAGUUCUGAAACUUUGGCAUCCGGUUCAGAUCGCUAGCGAUACAUUUGCGCGGAAAACGAGCGUUCGGGAACGCAGUUUACUUUUGCGAUGAAAGAACUGUGAAAAUUUUUUUGGGGGACUUCCGGUAUGAUAUGUAGUUGUCGUUGGGAAUAAAAAAAGUUAGGUUUUCAAAACUGGCAGCCGAGUUUUGCAUCCAUUCAGUCAGUGAAUCCUGGGAAAGUAGCGCAUCUUCAAGAAAUGUUUAUGAAGCAUUCUGUCACCAGGAAUUUGGAUCAGCUCAUUAAGAAUGAAGAGGUCAAGGAGGGACUGCUCGUUCCAUGGGCCAGCACGACGACCACACGGGGAGCUUGGCGCUACCUUCCCAAGAGUCGGUGACUUUACAUGUACCGUUAAGGGAAGCUCCACCGAUUUUGGCGCAGAAUGUUUAAAGGGCAAGGAGCAUGCAGCGCUUUGUGUCAGGUAAAAUAGAUGAAUAAAUGUUUAUUACAGAAAGUUACAC